CGACGCAUUGCGCAUCGCUAGGCUUCUGCGCGUGUUCAGUGGCUGCGAACGUCGAUAAAAUUGCUAGAAAUUUGCUUUUCACGCGUUAUUUCAGCAACAAUAAUAGUAAAUACACAAAUUGUAUACAAAACUGUUAGUACAUGCAGUCAAUUGCCAAUGGCGCAAACCCUUGAAUUAAACAAAAAGUGAGCUCAAAAUAAAAAGCGCAGCAAUAGUGAAAAAAAAAUGCAAAACGCAAUGUGAGACGUGCAAAAAAAUUUCCUAUAUUCACGAUUUAAAGCAAGCGCAACAAAAUUUGUGUGCGGUAAGCAAAUACGCAUCAUUGUGAAAUUAAAGCGCUUGUUUUACGCCCCAUAUUACGCAUUCAAAUGCGCAAAUAUAUUAGAAAAUAAAACAUAAAUUGUAUAAGCGCUGAGACUAACGUCUGGCCAAUCUACACACAAGAGGAAGGUGUAGAUGGGUAAAGCGCAGGGCAAGGGGUGUUGUUCUUGUCAAGAAAAAAAAAAACGCGCGGUCGCCGCUCCGCUGGGCGCUCCAUAGCCGUGCCUUGCUCAGUUGUGCAGCGAGCGUCCGUGCUGUCGGUUGUGGUGACUCCUCUCUCUCUCUUUCUCUCGCUCUGUGUAUAUUUGUUUGCGCGCGUAAAUACUGCUGCGUGUCCGCCCCGGCAGCUGCUGCUACUAGCAGCACCUUACAGAAGAAGCGCAACCUAAUAAACAGUAAGCACAACGUCGCUGUACGGCAUGCAAAGCGCAUAAAUGCAAAAAGAUGAUGGAAACUUUGGAACAGCAACAAACAAAGAGCACGCCUAACAAUGAGCCCCAUGCGGGCGAGACGGAAACGACGCCGGCAGCCAGCGAAGAGGAUGACACAACAGAAGAGCACAACAUUGUGUGCGACCUGGAAAAGAAGGAGAAAAGCAACAGCCCGUUACGAGAGGUAGAUGUAAAAGAUGUAGCUGAGCAGCAUCAUCGCCACAGUCCUCAAGAGAAUGGACGGGACACUGAAGAGUCGGAAGUACCAGCUGAUCCGCAAGAGGCAAAGCAAGAUGCAUCUCAAAUGGCCAACAGUUUAAACGAGGCGUUUGAACUUCCAGCUAAAAGUACUGUGAAAGAGGAAUGUACAGUGGGCAAAAAAUCUGCAGAAGGUGACGAUUUUAAAGAGAAGCCGUCCACAUCACUUGAUGUCGCAAAAUCCUUGAUCGACAUUAAAGUCGAGCAGGCAAGUCCUAUACUUGCAAUCAAUGUCGAUGAUAUCGCUGAAUCCGGCUUGUCGGACAAGCCAAGAAGCCCCUUAGUAGAGAACCAACAGAACGGGGACAUAGAAAUGGAUUCACCGGAGAUGGAAAUGAAUGCUGAAACUUCUUCACCCAAUGAAUUAUCUCUAACUGAUCAAAUAAAAGUUGAAGAUAAAAGCCCGCUGUUUUCUGUUACUCCAGAUGAAGAAGUCUUCUCGCCGCCUGUGAUUAAAAUGCUUAUUGAGAACUCUCCAUGUGAUCAAAAUGUUGAAGAAAUCUCACUACCUGGGCGGAGUCUAUCACAAGAAGAAGAAAAUUGUACGCCUACAAUGAAAGUGAAUGAGAAAACAUCAAAUUCACCUGUUAGCAUGCAAGAGGAAGAAAGAUUAUCAUCAUCAUCAAUUGCGUUAAGAAUAUCCGAGAGUAUAAAAAAAGAAGGUCGAGAUUCCGAAGAAUACGCAGAAAGAGAAGGCCUCAGUGAAAAAGAGGAUAUUCAAGAGGAGGCAUCUUCCCCAGUAUAUAAACCUGAUGAAGUUGGAAGCGCCACUAUAGAUAGCGAAGUGACACCACCUGCAAAGGGUUCGUUACCUGUCUAUAAAAUCAAUGACUUUUCACCCGCCAGCAUACCUGAUGAUGAGGAAUCCUCACAAGACUUUAAUGCUGAAAUUAAAAUCGAGGAAGCCAGUCCAAAGGUGCCAAAAAUGGAGCGCAAAUUCCCCAUGGAAAUCAUAAAGAUUGAAUCUGAUUCUGAGGAUGAAGAUGUGGAGAUAGAAUCGGAAAAUGUUGUAGAUGAAAUUGAAGGUAGUGGAACACCUGCAGGCGAUAUCCAAAUGGAGCCAGAAGUUCAGCAAAGUCAUAAUUCGAUUAAGGAAAGGCAAACAAUGGAUACUCUGCUGACACCGCCACUAAAAGUAAAAAUAAAUGGUACACAUAUAGCAAACGAUGAAUUGCACGUGGAUGAGGAGGAACAAGAACAGGAGGACGACCACGCUCAGAAUGCAUUGCAACAGUCUGUGAUAGCAAGUGACGACCAGGAGCAGCAGCAACAGGAGCUGCAGCCAGAACAGCAUCAACAACUAACCAGAAGGAGUACCACCAGCAGCUCUGUCAGCUCUACAUCACAGCACUUGGUUAUUGAUCAGCCUGAGACCGAGCAGCAGAACAAGCAUCAGCAGCCGCAACUGGAGGAACUGGUCCAGGAUCAAGAAAUGCUGGUUGCAUUGAAGCGCAGGCGCAGCUGCAGCAACAGCGAUAGUGACCGGGAUGACAAAGACAAUGGCAACAGUAACACAAAACCUACAACCAAGCAUCGUUGCCUGGAAGAGGAGCAACAGCAGCAGCAGCCGCAGGCCUCUUCCUUGCUAUUGCAGCGUUUGCAAGCGCCGGCAAUGAACUGCAACGAGCUCGCUCAGCAGCUUAACUGUUUUAAGUGCAAUUUAAACAAUUUUGAGAACUUGCAGCAGCUAAAUGCGCAUUAUGCCCUGUGCAAACAACAGCCAGAAGAAGCAACACCGCCAGCAGAAACAAGUGCGGCAGCUGCAACUACAGCAAUAGCAGCAGAAACAUUAUUUGCUGGAGCAGCGACUAAUCUUCCAGGUUCUGUAGCUCUGCCAAAUCCAACGUCCACUCCUGCGCCCACCGUAAAGAAGGAGCGUUUCUUUCGCUGCGCACGUUGCAGCACUGUGCAUCAGUGUUGGAACUUUUUUCUGCAUAUGCGCGAGGUACAUCAGCGUUAUAUCUGCCUCUACUGCUCGCAUGUGUUUGCCAGCGUUGAGAAGUUGUCGCUGCAUCUGGAGAACAAGCAUGACAUGGACCAGCGUCACUUUGCCAGCAUUGAGGCCUGGCAGACGCUGCAGACUCAGGAGGAUCGUGCUCGUUAUUUAGUCUGCUGUAAUUGUCAGGCGAGCUUUGAGCGCGGCAGCCAUUUCGAUGAUCACGACUGUGCCGAGCUUAUGCAGCCGUGUGCGUUGUGUGGCCAAAAGGGAGGACAUGCCAAUGGCUGUCGUAAUGGCAGCAGCACCAACAACGCCAGCAGCAGUAAUCGCAAGAAGGCAGCUGCUCGGCGAAAACGUAAGACUGCAAAGUCCAAGCAGCUAGCCACGCAGCUCGACGAACCGCAAAAACCCAAUAAACAGCAGCAGGAGCAACUGCCGAACUGGGUAGAGCCUGAAGCGCAGGUGUCGCAGAUGCCGCCACUACCAGCCGCGUUGCCCGAUCAAAACAUUCCAGCACCCAUUGAAGAUGCGCCGCAAGAAGAUUCCGUGCCGAAGCUAGUGGUACCGAAGAUGAUGCUGCGCGUGCCUAAAGAGUUUCAGAAAUCUGUGGAUGCGGCGCUUAGUAGCACAGACACCGAGGAGGAAGACAACGAUGAACAGCCCUCAUCAACAGCUGGCGAUGGCGAAGGAGGUGCCGUGCCAUUGCUCACAGUGGAUGCAGUGCAGCAGCAGCAGCAACAAUUGCAGCCAACGUCGUCGCUGUCAGAGGAUACCGAAACAGCCACCGAGACGGCGUCUAUGUUUCAGGAAACAGCGCCCAUACCUGCUAAUGUGUUAUUAAACGAGCUGGAGGACGACGAUGAGGACUCGCCUACUUUAAAAUUGCCUCAUGUUCUGGCAGAAUUCGAGCGCACCAAAUUGGAUAUUGAACGCACUAUGGCCCUGAUGGUGGCGAAAAGGGAGUUACAAGAGCAGCAACAGCAGCAACUGCAACUGCAACAGCAGCAACAGCAACAGCAGCAACAGCAACGUCGCUGGUCUUUGACGCCUCCCGCAUCACCGCAUAAUCAGAAUCACAUAAAUGAAACGACGCAUGUGUCAAACGAGCAAGCGGAACACGAAUUGGAGCCCGAAUUGCCAGCGCCUGCUCCUGAGCGUCGCAAUACACUGGGCAGUGAAUGCAUGGAUCUCGAUGAUAGUCUAAAUGAGCAACAACAAUCCCCGCAAACAGAACACUCAGAGCCACUAGAAGCUGAGAUUGAGGCUGAACCUGUGGCAAGCCCACACUCUCCCCCACCGCCCGCAGAUGGCAUUGAGGUUGCUGGCGAGGACACGCAAACAGUGGAUCUACAGCUAGACAGACCCUUAGACAAGUUCGAAAUGGUUGACUUUAUACGCUUAUGCCUAAAGGCCGUAUAUCCGCAUUGCUUAUACUGCAACCACGCGCGCCGCAUCGCCGUCAAUGUUAAGCAGCUGGUGUUGCAUCUGAUUGGACAGCAUCGAUUUACAGCUACGGUGGACAGCAUCACAGCCGAGGAGCUUCUGGCUGAGACAAUUGUGGCCAGGCUAAAAAGUUAUCUACCGGCCUUGGAGGGCGACCAUUAUAUGAACUCCAUAAGCUGCUGCAGUUUGGAGGACGGGCGCUUCGCCCAGCCUUUCAACGAGCGCAUCUACGAGUGCUUCCAGUGCCGCUACGUUACGGCCACACACAAAGAGCUGUAUACGCACAAUCGACGGCUGCACAUAAAGGCAAACAUAUCGUGCUGCAUGUGCCGCAUGAACUUCUAUAGCUUCAGCGAGUUGCUUUGCCACAUAUGUCCGGGUUGCGUCUCGGGUAACGUGUUCGACGCCAAAUUCCGUUGCUGCCUGUGCGAGACGGCGCCACUGGCCUCCGCAUUUCGACUGAUGGUUCAUUUGCGCAAGCAGCAUCAGGCCUGUGAUAUCUGCCUGGAGGAUUGCCAUACUCAGGCCAAGCUCUCGGCUCAUGUGUGGAAGCACAAGCUUCUGCAUCUCUGCUAUCGCUGUGGGAUUGCGUAUCGCAACAAGCAGGACAUAUCGAAACAUUUAUUCUGGAAGCACGGCACAGAGAGCACCAGCUGCAAGCGUUGCCUGCAGAAGCGUUGGCGUCAUGUCUACCAUUUCUGUGUGCCCGCCACGCAAUUCACGUGCGAGCAAUGCCAGUCCACUUUCAGCAAAGCCAUUUACUUGGAGGUGCACAAACGUCAACAUGUGGGCGAUUUUCGUUACCCUUGUACGGAGGAGCAGUGUGAGGAGAAGUUUGUCUCGCGCAAGCUGCUGCUGAAGCAUGCGGCACUACAUGAGGUUAAGCAGCUACCGGCUCCCGUCGCCGACGACGAUGUUGACUGCAAUCUGAAGCCCAAAAUGGAGCAAGAAGAGAAGUAUGCGUUGAGCGGCGAUCAGGUAGAAGGCGAUGGGCAGCAGACGCAGUUGAAAACCGAGUGUGCGCAACUGUCCUCGCCCAACUCAAAGGCGGCGGAUGAUGUUGAUGCUAAGGCGGCAGCUAGACAAAAAGAUAAGUCGCCACAGCCAGCGCAGCAAGCGGAAGAGCAACAGGAGCAGAUACCACGUAAACGACACAAGAAAGCCAAACGCAACAAGGCGUCGCUGGAGGAUCUAAAUCUUAUUGCACCCAACUUAUCCGAGUCGGAUAGUAGUGAUGACAGCGAUUCAGAUGCAGGCCGCAGCACAGGCACACAGCAUGACUCCAACGCCCAUGCCUCUUUGCCAAUGCGCGCCUCUGUAGAUGAUCUGGAUAUGCCCCGGGUUAUGCUAUCGCCGGCAUCUGAAAGUGACAACGAGGAGCUGCAGAAGGAUCAGGAAUCCAUCAAAACAGAGACAGACCCAAAACAAGAGCAGUUGGACUCAUUGGAGCAUCCCAAAGAUGAAGUACAAUUGGCUAAAAUGGAGAAGGCGGAGCCCCAAGAAGUGCCAGACAUAUGGAAAAACCUGCUGCAGCAUCAGCCUUCCUCGGUGGCUAAAAGUGAAGCGAACGACAUGGAUGUUUUGGUGGAACCCACUGCAGAGCAGCGACGUCCUGCGAAAAUGCACGUCGCCAGUUCCGAUCAUGAUUAUUGCAAAAUGCAACGCACUCCACCGCCCACGCCCGUGCCCUCGCCUAAGAAGUCAUCGAAUGUGGCGCCCGGCAAGGCGAAGGCCGACAAUGCGUCCAGCGAAAGUGACAGCUCUAGCAGCUCUAGCUCAAACUCAGAUUCAGACAGCUCAAGCUGCUCGUGUGGAUCGAAUUGUAGCUGCAGCUCCAGCGGCAGCAGCUCUAGCGAUGAUGACUCCGACAAUGAUUCGCAAACUUCCAAAAAAAGCUCUAAGAAGGCGCCGAAGAAGACGGCGGAACGGCUGCAGGAAUCCAACAAAAGCGAGGAAGUUGUGAAUGUGACUAGCAACAACGAGGAAGAGGUGCGUCCUGUGAUGCCAUCGCCCAAAUCACCAAUCUACAAUGAAUCCGACUUCGAUACGGCCAUUUCGGACACAGACGAGGAAUUCUACGAUGCACAUCCUCAGAAAAUGGCCAGCCAAAUGUUGGCGCAAAAGCGCUUGGCGCUGCUCUCGGCGCAUGCGACGGAGGAGCAGCCGCAUGACAGCAACGGCAACUAUGACAUAGUGGAAAACAGUCGUCCAUCGACGCCAUCGCUGCCUGAAGAGGCCUCCGCCUAUGCGGACAAGCGUGAGCGUGUGGCCAAGAACAAGAAGAAGAAACGCGAACGCAAAUCGACGUGUAAAUCAGUCAAUCAACCCAAAUUAACGGCCAGCACGGAGCAAAUGGUGGCGCCACAGCAGCUGCUGCCCCACGGUUUGACAACUACCGCUGUAGCAGAAGCUAUUGCAACACCGCUGCUGCAGCACCAUCAGCAACAGCAGCAGCAACAAUUGCUGUUGCCCGAGUCCCCAUUGACGCCCCUUACACAUCGACCCAGCUGGCAGCCUCGCAUGAGCGAGGGCAGCAGCUGCUCCGAUGCCGACGGACAGCUAAAGCGCUCGAAGCGCACAAGGCGUCCGAAUAAAUUCUAUGGGUAUACGAGCGAUGAUGAGAAUAUGAGCUGUGUCUUGGCCCCGCCUCUGCAGGUAGGCAUGCAGCUGAUUAAGCCCCAGCCGCCGCCACAGCUGACCUGGGCCAAGGAGGAUUUGCCGACGCCCCCCAAGCAGCAGCGCAGUCGCAGCAAUCAUGGCGAGCAUCAUCAUCAUCAGGCACAUCGUCAUCAUCAGCCGCACCAUCAGCAGCAGCAGCAGCAGCAGCAACAUUCGCAUUUACACAGCAAUGGCAACACGCGCAAGCGAAACAGACGUGCUCCAACCGGCGGAGCUGGCUCCGGCAGCGCUAAACGUGGCGCCAAGCGUGUCAAACAGCAGCCAGCGGCACCUCCAGCUAAACUGGAGCAGCUGCAGCCACAAUUGCCGCCCAUACCCACGCUCAAGAUACGGCCGGCCCUGCUGCCCGCCAGCGCUGCGGCCAGCGACAGCAGCGAUAGCAGCUCGGAUGAGGAUGAGAGUGCCGAGAUUAAUGUGACCAGCCUGCAGCCCAUACAUGCCCCGCUGGCGCCCAUGUCGCAGCUAGUGACACUGCCUGCGCCGCUGCCCGCACCACCGCCACCACCACCCGCAACAACAGCUUUCAAUCAGCCCAUACCGCCAGCUCUGCUGCCCAAUCCGGACUUUGCUACGCUGCAAUACUUCAAGGCAAACAAUAUACGCUAUCCAAUUCGUCCGCCAGCCGGAGCUCGAUUGGCUCGUGAAGGUGAAUCGGUGUAUUGCUAUUGUCGCUGCCCUUACGACGAGGUCUCCGAGAUGAUAGCCUGUGAUGGCGACAACUGUCUCAUCGAGUGGUUCCAUUUCGAAUGCGUAGGCAUCAUGGUCGCGCCACAGGGCAAAUGGUUCUGUGCCGAGUGCCGACCCAAAUACUCUGAGGGUCUCUAUCCGGGUGUUAAGUCCAAAUAAUAUUCGGAACUCUGUACAUAGUUCUAGAAUCUACUUUAAGUUACAUAAAUCCUAACUAUCCUACAUAAUAAACCCCCUAUAGCAACAACAGCAAAAACAACACCCACAACAGAAUGGAUUACGCUUAUUAAAUGUUAAAAAAUACUAUUCGAUGUCUCCAAAACUUCGGAAAACAGAAAACAAAAAUAUACAAAAAAAUACAAUUAAAUUCAAUGCUAAGGGAAGGCAGAUAACGUUAUGGAAUAUAUAUGUGUAUAAUAUAUAAUAUAUAUAUAUAUAUGUAUAUACAUAAAUAAAAUUAUAUCGAAGACGAAGUCCAGGCUCAAAUGCGUCUCCGGCAAACUUGGCUGCAGCAUAAACUAAGCUAAUCUUAAAUAUAUUAUUAUGCAUACGAUAAACGUAUAUAUGUAAGGAAUUCUAUAUACAGAUAUAUUAUAUUUUUUUGUAAAUAUGUGAGAUCUAUAUAAACGUUUAGACUUAACUUUACCCCAGCAUCAGUAGCUAUAAUUAUG